AUGAAAUGCAUGUGGAAUGUCUCAGGAGAGAGCAGAGACACCGUGGCUCUCACCGUGGCUUGUUUGGAACAAAGUCAGGAAAAGGCAGAGCUGGUACCCAAACCAGGGUCCUGUGGCCCCAUCACCACUGAGGAAGAGGAGGAGGAAGGGGAAGUUGCAGCCAGUCUUCAAGGCCCCCUGACGUCCACUCAAGCAAGGCACGCUCCUGUUGGUGAAGCCAGCUGGGGAGUGAGAAGUUCAGUCACUCCGAGCUUACCUCAGGAGCCCUUCUGCAAGGCCUUCUGUCUUUCUGCAGCCCUUCUCAGUCUCCUGGGCACUGUGAUGGCUGGCGCCCUAGUGGGUGAAACCAGCAACCAGGCCCAGGCAGAUUCUCAACCUGCCUUCUGCCUGGAGCCUAAGUUAGCUGGUUCCUGCAAGAACAAGACAGCCAGGUACUUCUACAAUGCCAAGACCGGAUGCUGUGAACCGUUUGUUUACGGUGGCUGCGAAGGGAACAAAAACAACUUCAACACGAUAGAGGACUGCUUAAAGUCCUGCUGUCCCGACUGCACGAAGACCUGCUGCACACUGAAAGAGUCCCAGGGAUCUGUCAGCAUCCGUCUUUCCAUAGAUGCCCUCUUCAAGGCAAAAAGCAUGAGCAGAAUCGAGCUUUCUGCAGUCCUGCUCAUACCCCAGGGCACCCUAGUGGCUGGAAUCUCAGGGAGUGAAGCCAGCAACCAGGUCCAGAGUAAGUCCCAGAUCACCUCUACUCUGCAGACUGGAGGGAAAGGAGAUCUGUCAGCAUCCUUCUUUCCACAGACGCCCUUCUGCAAGGCCACAAACAUGAGCAGACUCAGCCUUUUGGCAGCCUCACUGAUUUUGCUGGACACCGUUCUGGCCGGCAUUCCAGGGGAUGAAACCAGCAUCCAGGUCCAGAAUCUGUCAGCAUCCUUCUUUCCACAGACGCCCUUCUGCAAGACCACAAACUUGAGCAGACUCAGCCUUUUGGCAGCCUCGCUGAUUUUGCUGGACACCGUUCUGGCCGGCAUUCCAGGGGAUGAAACCAUCAUCCAGCAUCCUCAGGAGCCCUCCUGUGAGGCCACCAAGAUGAGACGGCUCUGCCUCUCUGCAGCCCUUCUCGUCCUCCUGGUUAUCCUGGUGGACACCACCCCGCUGAAUAUACACCAUAUCCAGGAUGAAGGUCUGGAGACAAACCAUACACGGGAACUUGAGAAGUGUUCAGUAGUAAAUGUGAUUAAAAGUGUCCUCGGCGGUGUGAUUACAGGUACUAAGAUGAUCGGAGAUGGAGCCAGUAUACUAACAGGAUUGGCUGAAAUAAUCAACAAAGCACUUAAAGGUCAGGUGAUGAUUUCGGGAAUACAAUUCGAUAACCAUACACAAGAGGAACUGCCAACACUCGAGAUUGAAUACUCAACACUCAGUGAGGAGAUCAAAGGUGUGGAGACAAUCCAUAAACAGGGCAUUGAGAAGCGUUCAGUACUACCCGUGGUUAAAGGUAUCCUUGGCGGUGUGCUUAAAGGUGUCAAGAUUGUUGGAAAGGGAGCCAGUUUACUAACAGGACUGGCUGAAAUAGUCAAGAAAGCCCUUAAAGGUCAGGUGAUGAUUUCUGGGAUACAGUUCGAUAACCAUAUGCCAGAGGAACUGCCAACACUCGAGAUUGAAUACUCAACACUCAGUGAGGAGAAUGAAGGUGUGGAGACAAGCCAUAAACAUGGCCUUGAGAAGCGUUCAUUAAAAAAAGUGUUUAAAAAGAUCCUCGGCGGUGUGAUUAAAGGUUCCAAGAUUGUCGGAAAUGGAGCCAGUAUACUAGGAGGAUUGGCUAAAAUGCUGAACAAAACAAUCAGAGAUGAGGUGAUGAUUUCAAGAAUACAAUUCGAUAACCAUACACAAGAGGAAUUGCCAACACUCGAGAUUGAAUACGCAGUACUCAGUGAGGAGAAUAAAGGUGUGGAGACAAGCCAUAAGCAGAGACUUGAGAAGCGUGCAGUACUACCUGUGUUAAAGGUAUCCUCGGCGGUGUGCUUAAAGGUGCCAAGAUUUUCAGAAAGGGAGCCAGUAUUAACAGGAUUGGCUGAAAUAGUCAAGAAAGCCCUUAAAGGUCAGGUGAUGAUUUCAGGGAUACAGUUUGAUAACAGUACUCAAGAGGAAUUACCAACACUUCAGAUUGAAUACUCAACACUCAUUGAGGAGAAUGAAGGUGUGGAGACAAUGCAUAAACAGGGCAUUGAGAAGCGUUCAGUACUACCUGUGGUUAAAGGUAUCCUCGGCGGUGUGCUUAAAGGUGUCAAGAUUGUAGGAAAGGGAGCCAGUAUACUAACAGGAUUGGCUGAAAUAGUCAAGAAAGCCCUUAAAGGUCAGGUGAUGAUUUCCAGGAUACAGUUCGAUAACCACAUGCAAGAGGAUAUGCCAACACUCCAGAUUGAAUACUCAACACUCAUUGAGGAGAAUACAGGUGUGGAGACAAUCCAUAAACAGGGCAUUGAGAAGCGUUCAGUACUACCUGUGGUUAAAGGUAUCCUCGGCGGUGUGCUUAAAGGUACCAAGAUUUUCGGAAAAGGAGCCAGUAUACUAACAGGAUUGGCUGAAAUAGUCACGAAAGCACUUAAAGGUCAGGUGAUGAUUUCCGGAAUCCAGUUCGAAAACCAUAUGCCAGAGGAAUUGCCAACACUCAAUAUGGAAUACUCAACACUCAAUGAGGAGAAUAAAGUUUCCCCAGCUUUUAUGCCUGCUUUCUGCAUGGAGCCUAAAUUUGUGGGUGUCUGCAACGGCUCGAUGACCAGGUACUUCUACAAUGCCCAGACCGGACACUGUGAGAUGUUUGUAUAUGGCGGUUGCGGAGGAAACGAAAACAACUUCCAAACAUUGGAGGAGUGCAUGAAGACCUGCUAUCCAAAGGCAGGGUCCCUGUGCUGGGGUGUAAACAUAUCUGUCAGCACCCUUCUCUCCAUAAAUGCCAUUCUUAAAGGCCAAAAACAUGAGCACACUCUGACUUUCUGCAGCUCUUCUCGUCCUCCUGGGGACCCUUCUGGCCGGCAUUCUGGGGGGUGA